CCUGCUAAACCCAGCUUUGUGGGGUUUUGACAUCUUCUUCAUCUUCAUUUCAAAGGGAUUAUCCCUUUUUUUCACAUCAAUGGAGGUUCUUCUAAACUCUGCUCUUCCUAACGGCUUCUUAAAUUUCUCGUCUUUAUCCUCCAAUCCGAAGAAGAAACUCACCAACAAGAGAACCCAACAUCGAUUCAACUCACCCAUCUCCGAAUUCCCCUACCACCGCGCUUCAAUCCUCCGAGUCUCGGCUCGUUUCGGAGAGCCCUCAAGUCAGCGAAGAAGACGUAACUCGCUGAGGAAGAAGAUCAUCGGCGAUGAGAAUUGGCGUAUUCCUUCUUCUGACCCAGGUACGAAAACUCCAAACCAAAACCAUAAUCUCGAUCGUAGCGAUGACGUGCUCGUCGAGUUAAGUAGGAAAGAUAAGAUUUUGCCGGAUUCGAAUCUGUUGAAUGAGCUUGAAGAUUGGGUUACACGGUAUAAGAAGGAAGCAGAGUAUUGGGGGAUUGGUUCCAAUCCCAUUUUCACAGUCUAUCAGGAUUCGAAUGGGGACGUGGAGAGAGUAGAGGUUGAUGAAGAAGAAGUCUUGAGUAGAGGAUCGUCUCUGGAGGAUGUUGAAUCAGUGAGGGAUAAGGUUCUGUAUGCUAAAAAGUUAGCUCAACAGAUGGAGAGUGGGGAGAGUGUGAUACAUAAGGAUAGUACUCUGGUCAAGUUUGUUUCUUCUUCUGAUGAAAAGGAAGAGGUUCGGUUCGUUAGCUCGAUACGAAACGCUGUUCUUCGUCUUGAUUUAGUUCCUAAGUUGCCGGCUAUUGGAAGAGCUGUUUUGUGUGGGUACAUUGGACUCUGGUUGCUGAAGACGGUGUUUGUGUAUAGGAAGAGUAAUGAGGUUGAGUGCAGUGAGUUGGAGAAGGAGAUGGUGAGGAGAAAGAUGAAAGCUCGGAAGGAGAAGGAAGUGAUGGAGAAAGGUACCGUGGAAGUUUUGCAGGAGGAGGAGGGUUUGGAGAAGCCUAAAUUUGAGAAGCCUAAGUUUGAUCGUGAUGAGCUUAUGAGUAGUAUAUCUAAAGUAAAGGGUUCAGAGAAGAAACUGGAACUCUGGGAUUCUUCUCAGGUUGAGAGUGGUGAAUCUAUGGAGUUUGAUAAUAAGAUCCAUGAGAUCAAAGCAAUGGCUAGACGAGCAAGGGAGAUAGAAGCUGUCAUGGAACUUAAUGAAAAGGAGAAGCGCGAUGUGAACAAAGAAAUGGGGGAGCAUGAUGAAGGUAUAAGCAUGCGGUCACAGAGCAGUCUAAGUGAAGAUGAUGAUGAUGAUAAAUAUGAAAGCUUGGCAACUUCGAGUAAAAGCGAUCAAGAAAACACUGAACUUUCAGGUUUGGCUAUUCCAGUAGUGAAUGGGGCUAUGGUGGAUUCUGGUUUUCCGAAUCAUGAAAUGGCAGCAUCUGACGCAGAAAAGGAGGUACCACUAGUUCCUACAGACGGAAUCAUACAUCAAUCUUCUGAUGUUUCUAAGGAUAAGUUGAGUAUGAUGGAUAAUAGCACUAGUCGGAAGUCACGGGUCAUACGGUCUGUUAAAGAGGCUAAAGAGUUCCUUUCAACAAGAAGUGGUGAGGAAGAGUUUACUCCAAAAAUGGCUCAGGACAGUGAUGAAAUCUUCCCAAAGCAGAAAGAUGAAAAGCGUAAUCCAGCUAGAAGACGCAAAUUGGCUGACAAAAAGGCAGGCAAUGGAACCUUGAAAUCUACGGUUGAGUCUACUUCUUCCAAACCGUUAGGUAAGGAUGAUUACGAGAAAGUUUCAGAACCGGGCAAGCAAGGAAGUUCUACAAACAAAAUAGGAGAGCGUGAGACAAGCUCUUCCGGUGGUACUGAACGUAUAGAGAAGGAACAACCAUCAGCGGAGGAAAACUGGAUGGAGAAACACUACCAUGAACUUGAACCUAUUGCUGAGAAAAUGAGAGCAGGAUUUAGAGAUAACUACAUGGCUGCAAGAAAGAAAGAAAAUCAGGAGCCAGGUACGAUUGCUGAAAUUGCAGAAAUUUACCGCAAUGAGGAUAACGAUGAGCUUGAGUGGAUGAAGGACGAAAAGCUAAGAGACAUUGUCUUCCUUGUUCGAGAUAAUGAGCUGGCUGGUAGAGAUCCAUUUCACCUGAUUAACGCCGAAGACAAAGCUAUGUUUUUGCAAGGAUUGGAGAAGAAAGUUGAAAAAGAAAAUGAGAAACUGUCUCAUCUGCAUCAGUGGAUUCAUUCAAACGUUGAAAAUCUUGACUAUGGAGUAGAUGGCAUUAGUGUGUAUGAUCCACCAGAGAAAGUCAGGCCGAGGUGGAAAGGGCCUCCUCCUACGCUUGAGAAGAACCCUGAGUUUCUCAAUAACUAUAAUGAACAGCGAGAGGCAUUGUUUUCUGGAAAGGCUGCGUCUGUGUCUCCUGUGAAAAAGGAAUCUCUUCAGGAAUCAUCACAGUCUCCUUCCUCUGAGAACACUCCCACUUCUUCAUCUGAAGUUACCUCAAGCCAUCCAAAGAUUGUUGUAGAAGGAAGUGACGGAUCUGUUAGACCUGGGAAGAAGUCAGGAAAAGAGUUUUGGCAGCACACAAAGAAAUGGUCACCCGGGUUCUUGGAGUUGUACAAUGCAGAGACUGAUCCAGAAGUGAAAGCUGUUAUGAGAGACAUGGGGAAAGACUUGGACCGAUGGAUCACAGAAGACGAAAUCAAAGACGUUGCUGAUAUGAUGGAGAAGCUACCAGAGAGGAACAAGCAGUUCAUGGAAAAGAAACUUAACAAACUUAAGAGAGAGAUGGAGUUGUUCGGUCCUCAAGCUGUUUUGAGCAAAUACCGCGAGUAUGGAGAAGAUGAUAAGGAAGAAGAUUAUCUAUGGUGGUUGGAUCUUCCGCAUGUACUGUGUCUUGAAUUGUACACGGUUGAUGAGAAAGGAGACCAACAAGUAGGGUUCUACACAUUGGAAAUGGCAAAAGAUCUCGAGUUAGAACCCAAACCACAUCACGUGAUUGCUUUCGAGAACGCAGCAGACUGUAAAAACCUCUGUUACAUUAUUCAAGCUCAUUUGGAUAUGCUUAGAACUGGAAACGUUUUCAUUGUACCCCGCCCGCCAAAGGAUACAUUUCGAGAAGCCAAAGCGAACGGGUUUGGUGUAACGAUUAUUAGGAAAGGAGAACUGAAGUUGAAUAUAGAUGAACCAUUAGAGGAAGUAGAGGAACGGAUAUGUGAGAUAGGAAGCAAGAUGUACCACGAUAAGAUCAUGGGAGAUCGAUCUGUGGAUAUAAGCUCGAUGAUGAAAGGUGUCUUUAACCUCAAGACCAAACCUAGCGGCCGAAGAAGACAACGUUUGAAGCAGGCUCUGAAAGAUUCUAACAAGAAAUGUAGCUGAGACGCCAAGCCAAAGGGCCUUGCAACUCCUCAUUUUCUAGAAUGUUCUAUGUUUUGUAGAAAGCAUAUCAUAACGCAAUGGAAGAAAGUAACAGUUUGAAACCGCUGUAAUGGAAACUAAGCUCUCUCAUUGUAUUUUCUGGAGAUUACAUAAACUCAA